CCUCUCUCUGUAAUCGGAAGCCACGGAGUCUCCAGAGUACUCUGCAGUUUACCUCCUUAGAUUCGCUGAAUCAAAAGGGUGGCGACACCUUGAACAGCCAUGGCGGACGUUUUGAUAAUGAAUGAAAUAGAGGCCACGGUGGGUCGCCUCGGCAUCGAUCUCUCCCAAGUCGAUUAUGACUCUAUUCGCCUCCCGCCGGGCGAGGACUUCGGUAUAGUCAGUGAUGACGACGAUGUUUACCAAGAUGAUCAAUUGGAAUUCGACUCUGGCUUCGGGAACAUUAUUGUUGUUGACAACCUCCCCGUGGUUCCUCGGGAGAAGUAUGAGAAACUAGAAGGUGUUAUUCGCAAAAUCUACAGUCAGAUUGGUGUGAUCAAGGAGGAAGGGCUUUGGAUGCCGGUUGAUCCUGAGAGCCAUAAAACACUAGGUUAUUGCUUCAUAGAGUAUAAUACUCCUCAGGAAGCUGAGGUUGCUAGGGAGAAAACAAAUGGGUAUAAGUUGGAUAGAGCUCAUGUUUUUGUUGUGAACAUGUUCGACGACUUUGAAAAGUACAUGAAAGUACCUGAUGAGUGGGCUCCUCCUGAAUUCAAGCCAUAUACCCCUGGGGAAAAUCUUCAAAAGUGGCUUACUGAUGAAAAAGCACGUGAUCAGUUUGUCUUUCGAGCUGGGCAAGAUACUGAGGUCCAUUGGAAUGAUGCAAGGCAAGCUAAGACUGAGCUUGUUUAUAAGCGUGCUUACUGGACUGAGAGUUUUGUUCAAUGGUCCCCACUUGGAACAUACUUGGCAACAGUUCACAGGCAGGGGGCUGCUGUUUGGGGAGGUGCUACUACCUUUAAUCGCUUAAUGCGCUAUGCUCAUUCGCAGGUUAAACUUAUUGAUUUCUCCCCUGGGGAGAAAUAUUUAGUGACUUACAGCAGCCAUGAACCAAGCAAUCCUCGUGAUGCAAACAGGGUUGUGAUAAAUAUUUUUGAUGUGAGAACUGGGAAAGUGAUGAGAGAUUUUAAGGGGAGUGCUGAUGAAUUUGCAAUUGGAGGAACUGGUGGUGUUGCAGGAGUCUCUUGGCCUAUUUUCAGAUGGGGCGGUGGGAAGGAGGACAAUUAUUUUGCCAAACUUGGGAAAAACAUGAUCUCUGUUUAUGAAACAGAGACUUUUAGCCUUAUUGACAAGAAAUCACUGAAGGUUGAAAAUGUUGUGGACUUCUGUUGGUCACCAACUGAUCCCAUCCUUUCUCUUUUUGUUCCUGAACUUGGUGGAGGAAAUCAACCUGCUAGGGUGAGUCUUGUACAAAUCCCAAGUAAAGAGGAGCUGAGGCAAAAGAAUCUCUUUAGUGUUAGUGAUUGCAAAAUGUACUGGCAAAGCAAUGGUGACUAUCUCGCUGUUAAGGUCGAUCGUUAUACAAAGACGAAGAAAAGCACAUACACAGGUUUUGAGCUUUUCAGAAUCAAAGAAAGGGACAUACCUAUUGAGGUUUUGGAGCUUGACAACAAGAAUGACAAGAUUAUUGCAUUUGCUUGGGAGCCAAAAGGACACAGAUUUGCUGUCAUACAUGGUGAUAAUCCAAGACCUGAUGUUAGUUUUUACUCGAUGAGAACUGCAAACAAUACAGGCCGAGUUUCAAAGCUCACUACACUAAAAGGCAAGCAGGCAAAUGCACUGUUCUGGUCACCUGCUGGCCGAUUUAUAGUACUUGCUGGAUUGAAGGGAUUCAAUGGCCAGUUAGAAUUUUACAAUGUUGAGGAGCUUGAAACCAUGGCAACUGCUGAACAUUUUAUGGCUACUGAUAUUGAAUGGGAUCCUACUGGAAGGUAUGUUGCCACAUCUGUGACCUCUGUUCAUGAAAUGGAAAAUGGCUUCAAUAUUUGGUCCUUCAAUGGCAAGCUUCUGUAUCGGAUAUUGAAGGAUCAUUUCUUUCAGUUCUUAUGGCGUCCAAGGCCACCUUCAUUCUUGACUCCUGAGAAGGAGGAAGAGAUUUCAAAGAACUUGAAGAAAUACAGCAAGAAGUAUGAAUUAGAGGACCAGGAUGUCUCAAUGCUGUUGAGCGAGCAGGAACGGGAGAAGAGGAGAAUGUUGAAGGAAGAAUGGGAGAAAUGGGUGAGCGAGUGGAAGCUGUUGCAUGAGGAAGAGAAGCUGGAAAGACAGAAGUUGAGGGAUGGAGAAGCCAGUGACGAAGAAGAGGAAUAUCAGGCACGGGAAAUAGAAGUUGAAGAGUUAUUGGAGGUGUCUGAGGAAGUUCUUUCUUUCGAGUUUGGACAGGAGUGAGUCUUGUAUUAACAUUCUGCAAAACCUUUGGGAGUCAUUGUACUCUUGUUAUGUAGUUUGUGAUGUUUGUUUGAAUAUCAAAUUUGUUGGAAGAAUUCUUACUUUAUAGACGUAACACGGUUGUAAUAUCAAACGAGUUCAAUUUUGUUUUAUGAAGUCUAACAUCCUUUUCCCAUGUAUUAGUCGUCUCGGUGGGAGGAAGCCUAGUGUGAUUGUUGGCCAAAUAAAAGACAUUAGUUUGU